AUGUCAAUAAGUCGUGACGUGUUACAGCUUCUUUGUCACUCGCUAGUGAUGACAAACAGUCGUCGUUUCUUGUUCAGGAAUGCGAACUUUACGAUUGACCUUGGUGUUUUCCUCUAUCCCACCGCAUACACGCUGCGCCAUGCAAGAGGUUAUGGGCGAUCGGCUCUUCGGAACUGGCUCUUGCAGGGUUCAAAAGACAAGCAAGUGUGGGAGGUACUCGUUGCUCACUCCGAUGAUAUAAGCCUCGGUGACCCUGGAUCCACCGCCACUUGGCCCAUCGAGGACGAUAGGACUAAAGGUCCCUUCCGCUACCUGCGUAUUGCACAAAACGGGAAAAAUUCUUCUGGACAGACGUGCUACCUGAGCGUCUCGGGCUUUGAAGUGUAUGGUGAAAUUGUCGACGUUGUCAUCGAUGGCUUUACAGUACCAAAAGAAGAGAAGGACAGAAGUGGUUGCUCAAUUGGAAAAUCCAAGAUUCCAUUGCCGUCGUCGUCGCGCAAGGAUUCAAACCGUGAUGAGAAAGUUGAAUCGCUGAUGCCCCAAGGUGCGAAUAACAACAAGCUCAGAGCUGGAUUAACUGCAGAUAUGGUCUCUAUGAUGCACACAAGAUCUCGGUGA